GAAGAGACGCGUGUGUUAUCUUUUCUCCUCGCCACUGGCCAUCCAGUACCUCCCCUCGCGGUGUGUCGUCAGCAGUUUAUCUCAGGGCCUGGCAGGAGCUGCAAGGGAAAAUGGGAGGAAAUCUGAUCCAUAUGGUGGCACUAUAAAGCUCACCGCUGAUGUGCAGGCUUCAUCAAAACCUGGUCAAGGCUUCAUCACUACUUAUGACUGGCAUCCUCCUCUCACACCUGGUUACUGCGCUCUGAACUUCUCACUCUCUCCUCAGCAGCACCAAUUAUCUGCCUGAUCCCAGGGGUGCCUUAGCAACAAUCUUCAAAGCUGAUUCUUCUCAGAGAGAUAUGAAGAUACUGGGCCAGGUUGCUUUCUUGCUUUUGCUCGGGGGAAUCUGGUGUCAAAACAACCGUAAUGCUAAAGCCAGUGGCAAGUCCACCAAGAAGACUGGUGGGAACCAAGGAGGCGAUGUUGGCCAGUCUCCCCCCGCGGUUGAUCUGACUCCUGGAAGCACUGAAAGCACUGGAGGCACAGCUGAAGCAGGACGGGAAGGUGCUGCAGGAGCUCAAGCAGCUGGACAACAGACAGAUGAUAUGAGGCUGCACUUCCUCAAGAACACCCAAGUUACAUGUAAUGAUGGAACAGCAGCUGGGUUUUACCUAAAGGAGUUCAGAGGAAGCCGCCGAUGGCUGUUAUUUCUGGAAGGUGGCUGGUGCUGCCACAGCAAAGAGACCUGUGAUUCCAGGUACCAAAAUAUCCCCCGACUAAUGAGCUCAUCGGGGUGGCCCCAAACAAAGAGAGGAACUGGAAUUUUGUCUUCUCAAGUGGAGGAAAACCCACACUGGCAUAAUGCAAACAUUGUAUUCAUCCCAUACUGUUCCAGUGAUGUAUGGAGUGGCACUGGGCCUGCCCCAACCCCUCCUCCAAGGCCACGGCAAAGCAGAGAAAAGGAGAGAGAUAGAAAUGCAAAUGCAACUGAGUACACCUUCAUGGGAUCCCUGAUCAUCCGAGAGGUCAUCAAAGACCUCGUCCCCAAAGGAAUCAACCAGGCCAAGGUUGUCAUGCUGUCUGGCACAAGUGCUGGCGGAACAGGUGUUUUGCUGAAUAUUGAGAGGGUGGCCAGUCAGCUGGAGCAGCUCGGUGCAGAGACUCAGGUCCGAGGCCUCGUGGACUCUGGGUGGUUUCUAGAGAGUAAACAGCAGAGAUCACCUAACUGCCCCGAGACUAUUUCCUGCUCACCUGAAGACGCUAUCAAGAUAGGACUCAGGCUGUGGAAUGGGGUUGUGCCUGAUAGAUGUCAGCAGCUCUAUAAGAGAGGAGAGGAGUGGCAGUGCUUCUUUGGCCACAAACUGUACUCUACCUUGACCUCCCCUCUGUUUGUCGUGCAGUGGCUGUUUGAUGAGGAGCAGCUGAGAGUGGAGAACAUCUACAUGGGAGGACAGAGUCUGUCUGAGGAGCAGUGGCAGUACAUACAGAACCUGGGCAGGGAGCUCAAGAACUCACUGACAGAUGUCACGGCUGUGUUUGCUCCGUCCUGCCUCUCCCACACGGUGAUUACCAAAAGUAACUGGAUGAGUUUCCAAGUUAGAGGUACCUCUCUGCCACGGGCCCUGCACUGCUGGGACAGGAGUCUAGAGGCAACCCGCAACAACAGAACCCCUGCCAAAGGUUGUCCUUUCCACUUGGUGGACACCUGCCAGUCGCCCCAGUGCAACCCUACCUGCCCAGCCUUGGUGGACCAGGCCACCCAGCAGGAGCUCACCCUACUCGAGAUGCUGGUAGCCAUGGGCCUUGACCUCCAGAAGCUGGGCCUGGAUCCCCAGGGAGAUGCAGAUUCUCUUGCCAGCAUGGUCAGCAAUGGUGGCUAAGUGUAAAAGUGGAUAGCAGCUUAAGAGAUAGCCAUGCAAAGAAUUAAUAGAGGAAAGAAAUGUGUUGAAAUUUUAAUGUAACCAUAGAAAUAGUACAGAAAUCUGGUUACUAUGUCUUGUGCUGCUCAGCAUUCCAUUAUGCUUCAUGUGUCUGUUAAAUUGGUGACUUGACUGGUGGGUAUGUCACUGCGUCACUGAGUCUGAGUGGUUUGGCUGUCCCUCUACUGGGCUUUGGGUCUAAACCAAAGGUGUUUCAAUUGUACUGGUUGAAUAGCUUUGAGUUUUGGCAGAUGGCCGGACAUACCUCCUACAGCACACUUUCAUCCCGAUCACUCUACAUGAAAAGUAAACUUCAGAGCAUGGUAGUAGAGUUGAAUACUUUUAACGAAUAGAGGCUCCCUCAAUGUCAGAGGUACAAACAUGUUGCCUAGACAGAACUCAUAAAAAAGAAACAUUUGCACACCAUAUACUGUAGUUGUUAGCAUUUGAAAUUUUUAGCACUCUGAUUCUGAUUCUUACAUAAUAAAAUACAACUCAGAACGCAGAAAAACUGUAUUCACACUAACUCACUAAUCAUUUCUUUGCACACAGUUCUAAAGACACUGAUUGUGCUAUGCUAACAUAUAUAUUACAUAUUAUAUAUACAUAUUGUAUGUGCAUGUAAGACAAAAGUGUGACUAGUUAUUGAUAUUUUUCUGGAGUUUACCUAUUUGACAUGUGAAGUCUGCAAUAAAAAGAAAAAAACUCCCUAAAAAAACAACACUGCUGUGGUUAUUCACUGGUCAGUUGUCAGGAUGAUCUAUAUCUAGUGACAUACAUGGACAUAAUACAGACUAUGUAUUGCAAUCCUUCAUUGUUGUCAACAUUUAAAACUCAUGCUUCUUUCACAUGUCAUGCUAGUUUUACAAGGCAUUUAAAGAUGUUACUGUAACUGUCUGGUUGAUUUUAAUAACUGUGUCAACUGAUAAGGAUUUGACAAGGGCUGUACCUGCUGUUAAUAAGUAUCAGACUGAGUUGAAACAGGAAAUAAAGAUAUUA